CUCUGUAAGGACAUCAAUACACCCGCCGAUUUCUGACAACGUCUUUCUUCCCAACCCGCUUUGUCCAAUCAACCAGGGGCAUAGAUGUCCAAAAAAUUUAUGGCAUGCCCUAAUUCGUUGUCUCGAAACGCAAUAUCUAAACGCAAUAUAAGCAGACACGUAAUUCUGUAAUCCGUUUCCUUUUCCUUCCCUUUUUCUGUUUUUGUGCUUUUUCUGGUUAAGGCAGGAUUUGUAUGCUGUCGAUUUAUUUGGCGAGAUAGAUAGAUCCGCGAAGCUGCGAGCUCGAGUGACUGGCAAUGGGUGUUCCGGCUUUCUAUCGGUGGUUAGCCGAGAAGUAUCCGUUAGUUGUGGUGGAUGUAAUCGAGGAAGAAUCAGUGGUUAUCGAUGGAGUUAACAUACCAGUGGAUACGAGUAGACCUAAUCCUAACAGCAUCGAAUAUGAUAAUUUAUAUCUCGACAUGAACGGGAUUAUUCACCCUUGCUUCCACCCCGAAGACAGACCUUCCCCUACAUCUUUUGACGAGGUAUUCCAGUGCAUGUUUGACUACAUCGAUAGACUGUUUGUUAUGGUGAGACCUAGAAAGUUGCUAUACAUGGCAAUUGAUGGUGUUGCUCCUCGUGCUAAAAUGAAUCAGCAACGAUCUAGGCGUUUUAGAGCAGCUAAAGAUGCAGCAGAUGCGGCAGCUGAAGAAGAGAGGCUAAGACAAGAGUUUGAGAGCGAGGGUAGAAAGCUACCACCUAAGGAGGAAUCACAAACUUUUGAUUCCAAUGUUAUCACUCCUGGAACUGAGUUUAUGGCUGUUCUUUCAAUUGCUCUGCAGUACUACAUUCAUCUUAGGCUAAAUUAUGAUCCUGGAUGGAAAAAAAUAAAGGUUAUCCUUUCUGAUGCAAAUGUUCCUGGCGAAGGGGAACACAAGAUUAUGUCUUAUAUCCGUCUCCAGAGAAAUCUUCCUGGUUACAAUCCAAAUACACGCCAUUGCCUGUAUGGUCUGGACGCAGAUCUGAUUAUGUUAGCCUUAGCUACCCACGAGGUUCAUUUUUCAAUUCUUCGAGAGGUUGUUUUCACACCUGGACAACAGGACAAAUGCUUCCUGUGUGGUCAGAUGGGUCAUUUGGCUGCAGGCUGUGAAGGAAAGGCUAAGAGGAAGGCAGGGGAAUUUGAUGAGAAAGGUGGAGAGGCUGUUGCAGUAAAAAAGCCAUACCAGUUUCUCAAUAUUUGGACUCUUAGAGAGUAUCUGGAAUUUGAAAUGAGAAUUCCUAACCCUCCAUUUGAUAUCGAUUUUGAACGGGUUGUGGAUGAUUUUAUAUUCAUGUGUUUCUUUGUUGGCAAUGAUUUUUUGCCACAUAUGCCCACUUUGGAGAUUCGCGAGGGUGCAAUCAACUUGCUAAUUGCAGUAUACAAGAAGGAGUUUAGUACAAUGGGUGGGUAUCUGACAGAUGCAAGCAAGCCAAAUUUGAGCAAUGUCGAGCAUUUUAUUCAAGCAGUGGGAUCCUAUGAAGAUAAAAUAUUCCAGAAAAGAGCACGCUUGCACCAGCGGCAGUCAGAAAGAAUCAAGCGGGAAAAGGCACAGGCCAGAAGGGGAGAUGAUGCAGAGCCUCAAUUUAAACCUGAGUCCUUGGUUCCUGUUGCUCGAUUUCAUGGUUCUCGUCUUGCUUCAGCUCCUUCACCUUCACCCUUUCAGCACAGCCUGGAGAGCUCAUCUGAUGGCAAAGGAUCUUUUGUUUGGGCCAAAAAAGUUGCACGUACAUCUUCAUCAGCUAGUGUUGGUGCUGCCAUUGUUGAAGCAGAGAAUAGUCUGGAAAUAGAAGCACAUGAAAACAAAGAAGAAUUGAAAACGAAGCUUAAGGAGAGACUUCGUGAGAAGUCUGAUGUUUUUAACUCAAAAAAUCCAGAAGAAGACAAGGUUAAAUUAGGAGAACCAGGAUGGAAGGAAAGGUAUUAUGAAGAAAAGUUUUAUGUUAAAACCUUGGAGGAGCUUGAAGACAUAAGAAGGGAUGUUGCCUUGAGGUACACUGAAGGGCUAUGUUGGGUCAUGCACUAUUACUAUGAAGGAGUUUGUUCCUGGCAGUGGUUUUAUCCCUAUCAUUAUGCACCCUUUGCUUCUGAUCUCAAAAAUCUAGAUCAGAUGAAUAUUGAGUUUGAACUAGGUUCUCCAUUCAAACCAUUCAAUCAGCUUUUGGGAGUUUUUCCUGCUGCAAGUUCCCAUGCUCUUCCUGUGAAUUAUAGAAAAUUGAUGACUGAUCCCAAUUCACCCAUUAUUGAUUUUUACCCCACUGAUUUUGAAGUGGACAUGAAUGGGAAGCGGUAUGCUUGGCAGGGUAUUGCAAAGCUGCCCUUCAUUGAUGAAGCUCGCCUACUUGCAGAGGUUAAAAAGAUUGAGCAUACAUUAACGGAGGAGGAAGCAAGGAGAAACAGUGUGAUGUUUGACAUGCUUUUUGUGUUAUCAUCCCAUUCUCUUGCUGAGAGUAUUUAUUUACUUGAUAAUCACUGUAAACAAUUGACGGACAAAGAACGAGUUGAAGUCAAAGAACGUAUUAAUCCUGAAUUGAGGGCUACAUGCAGUGAUGGGAUGAAUGGUUAUAUAUCCCCUUGCUCUGGAGAUACUCAACCUCCUAUAUUCAGGUCUCCAGUUGUAGGCAUGGAAGACAUUUUGGACAAUGAAGUCAUAUGUGCUGUAUACAGACUUCCUGAUCCACAUAAACACAUAACUCGACCACCAGCGGGGGUUAUAUUCCCUAAGAAGAUGGUAAAUUCGGGGGAUCUGAAACCAGAUCCAGUUUUGUGGCAUGAAGAUUCUGGAAGGAGGCCUUGGGAAAGCCAAAGGCAUAACCCCCCUGGAACUAUAUCUGGACGUCAGCUUGGUGAGGUAUCUCAUCGUCUUGUUAUGAAUAGUUUACAAUUGAAGGUAGAUCACAAUGGGUAUGCCAAUCAUUUGCAUAUCCAAACAUCACCUUAUGCCGCAGCUCCCCAUGUCCCACCGCACUCUUCCUAUUUAAAUGGGUUGCAUGAUCCAGGAAGACAGAGAAUUGCACAACCUAGAACAGAUUAUUCUAAUUCUGGUCACCAUAGAUCUUCAAAUCCCUCUCACUAUAACCAAGGCUAUGAUCGACCUUAUGCAUCAUCAACUGCCAUCCCACAUCAUAAUGGGUCUCGUAAUCGAUAUGAAAGAGAGAACCGAUCAAAUGGUCAGCAUUCAAGGCAUCAGGCGUACCAUACCCCAGAGUUUGAUCAGAAUGGUGGACCACAGUACCUGCCUGGUUCCAUCCCACAGGCAUCAUCUGGGCCCCCCACCUAUGGUUAUCAAGGUGGUUAUGAUGGUUACCAGAAACAUCAAUCACCUGGAGCCGGUACUCAUCAACAUUGGAGUGGUGGGUUCCCUCCACUGUCCAACCAGAAUGUCCCCGUAGGGUACGAUCACCAUCAACAAAGAGGUAAUAGAUAUUCUGCGUUGGACUCGAGAGGAAAGACAGCCCCACCACAUGGUGCCGGUGGGCUGAACAGGGGGCCUAGGCCAUCUCAUGAUGGAGCAAAUAGGAGGCCGAUGUACCCACCCCCAGGUGGAGCUAGUAGGUUUUACCAACAACCAACUAGCAAUAAGAAUGGAUGGCCUGGUCAUACGCCACCAGGUGGACCAAAUAAGAGGCCGCCGCCACCACCUCCUGGGUAUGGUUACUGAUAGGAUUAUUUCUCACCAAACGAAUCCACCUUCAAUUCUGUACAAUAGCAUGUUUAGUGUUUGAUUGUGGCAAUUAGGUUUUAGGCAUUCUAAUUUCCUGUAAUUUUCAUUUUUGCCCUUAAAUGCGUUGUAUUCUUGUUGUGAGUGGCACUGGCCAAAUUGUCGUAAUAAACCGUGAAUUGCUUAUUCAUUCUUAUUAAAACAUACCUCUCUAUAGGAGCAGUGACACUAGUAGGAUAAAGUAUUAAAGACGUUCCUUUGUUGGGCCACUUUCCUGCAAUCAUAUAUUUAUUUGGAUGUCUGCUUUU